CUGCCAGCAGAAUACAUCUAAAACCAAAUGUCGAGAACAGUUAGUUAAACUCUGAGGUUACUCUGGGUCACCUUAACACAGCUAAACUCCUCCCUAAUGUCCUAAUCAAUGGUUUCUGUACUUCCAUCUUUUUGAAGUAGAAAAAAACAAGAGUAGGCGCAUAGAUGUCAAUGUAGUUCCGAUCAUAGUCUCUGAAGUUAAAGAGGAAGACUGGUGGCAAGUAAACAGUUGAAACGACUCAGGAUGAGAAAGAGGACUGGAAACCGUCACUCCAAGGAGCAGACGAUUGGAGUUGAAGCUGGGGUGGCGAGUGCACAGCUAAAACCUAGCUCCCAUUUUUUGUGGUGGUUCAAAAGAGGACUUUUGGCUGUGUGUUUCAUUUAUGUUUCAGUGCCUUUCAUGAUGCAACCUUACAUCAUAAAAAAGAUUGUGUAUUCUUACAGAGUCAGGGUCCCAUUAUUCAUCGACCAUAGCCAGCCAGCCGAACUGUCUCUUAACCAUACAGUGAACAUGUACCUUACAUCAGAGCAAGGAAUCUCAUUGGGUGUAUGGCACACAGUCCCCGAAAGUCAGUGGAAAGAAGCACAAGGAAAGGACUUGGAAUGGUACCAAAAGUCUUUGGGAGAUGGAAGUCCGAUCUUCAUUUAUCUCCAUGGAAAUACAAACACAAGGGCAGCAAGUCAUCGUGUGGGAGUAGUAAAGGUCCUCAGUGCACUGGGAUACCAUGCUUUGUCUUUUGACUACAGAGGCUUUGGGGACUCCAGCGGGGAGCCCACUGAAGUUGGACUAACCACUGAUGCCCUCUACCUGUACCACUGGGUUAAAGCUCGCAGUGGAAACAGUCUGGUGAUAUUCUGGGGACACUCCCUUGGCACUGGGGUUUCCACCAAUACUGCAGUCAAACUAAUGGAACAAGGGAUUAUAGUUGAUGGUGUUAUCCUUGAGGGAGCUUUUGCCAACACUCGAUGGGCUGGUUCAUUUCAUCCAUUUGCCUGGUAUUAUUGGAACUUCCCUGGUUUUGAGUACUUGAACCCAUUGCCAGAAUACAAUUUAACUUUUCCUAAUGAUGAAAACUUGAAAAUGAUGAGGAGUCCCCUCCUGAUCCUUCAUGCUGAGGAUGACCACCUAGCGCCUAUUGACAUUGCUCAGCAGCUGUAUGAAAUAGCACAGGCAGCCCAGAAGUCAGAGAAUGGAGUAAAGAUGAUACGGUUUAAUGGAUCGCUUGGCUACCUUCAUAAUGGGUUGUAUAAAGACCCUCACCUGCCAGACAUCAUUCGGGAAUUUGUACAUUCAUUGUCCCCUUAAUCCAGAGAUCUAUGCAGAAGAGCCAUUGGACAUCAAUUGUUUGACCUAAUAUUGUAAUGAAGUUCAAUUGUUUUUAUUAUGCAAAGACAGAGUCUAAGGUCCAGUGCUCAGACAAGCACUUAUAAUUCAAUUCAUUAUUUUCCAGACAUAGGUUAUUUGCAAUUAACAAACUAUAAGUAAUUCAUUUGUUGACUGAAUGUGAUGAAUAAUGAUUAGUCAAUGUGUUAAGCUUAUAACAAAUUAUUUUUGUUGAUUACUUUUUAACAUAAAACCUGAUAAACAGCUUUUAGAAUUUUA